AAAAAAAACAUCGUUUGUGAGAAACGCUCAGAGAUCACCGACCUGCCUCGAAGACCCCGGGAUUCUUUUUCUCUCUUUCGUUCUGGCUUUCGGAUGGCUCGGAGAUCGAUGGAGGUGUGAUUAAUGGCUGGAGUUCUUCUUCAGGUUGAGAUCUGACAGCGGUGGAAGCAGCGGCAGCAACGGAGCAGUGAAAGGCAGGGAACUGGAACGAGGUCUGGAGAAGAGAAACACGGUGAUAGUGAACUCCAGGUUUUACUUUGUAGAAUUUGAAGUGUGAACGAUACUAGUCUCGUUUCCAUAUUUUCUACAGUUGGUAGGAUCUGUUCACCAACACCAACACCAACACCAACACCAACUACCAAAUUAUUAUAAACAAUGAGCAACCUAAAGCUGGGGGUUGAAGUUGUAAGUGCCCAUGAUCUCUUGCCCAAGGAUGGGCAAGGCUCUUCCGCCGCAUGUGUUGAGCUUACUUUCGAUGGUCAGAAGUUCAGAACCACCAUCAAGGAGAAAGACCUUAAUCCUUCUUGGAAUGAGCGCUUCUACUUCAAUAUCUCAGAUCCUGCUAACCUUCCCAACCUUGCUCUAGAAGCUUUUGUCUACAGUAUCAACAAAAACUCAAAUACACAUUCGAAGCCCUUCCUUGGGAAGGUACGGAUUGCUGGAACUUCCUUUGUUCCCUUUUCUGAUGCUGUGCCUCUGUAUUAUCCUUUAGAAAAACGUUCAAUCUUCUCUCGUGUAAAAGGAGAACUUGGUCUUAAAGUAUUUCUCACAGAUGAUCCUUCAGUAAAACCUUCCAAUCCUCUCCCCGCUAUUGAUCCCUUCCCAAACAACCCUCUCCCUGGUCAAGUGAAUCUCGCUCAGGCUCAAGUGCCAAACUCAAAUUCACACGCUUUUCCAGAAAACAAGACAGAAUCUAGGAAUACAUUCCACAGUAUCCCCAAAGAGCAUAAUCAGUACCACUCUUCCACACCAGCUGCCGAGCAACCUGUCAAAUUUGUGGCGGACGAGAUGAAAGCUGAACCUCCUAGAAUUGUUAGGAUGUACUCUUCAUCCUCUCAGCAACCAGUGGAUUAUGCAAUUAAAGAAACAAGCCCUUUCCUUGGUGGGGGCCAGAUUGUUGGAGGCCGUGUCAUUCGGGCAGACAAGCCAGCUAGCACAUAUGACCUUGUGGAGCAGAUGCAGUACCUUUUUGUACGUGUGGUGAAGGCGCGAGAGUUGCCAGCAAAGGAUGUUACUGGGAGCCUUGAUCCUUUUGUGGAGGUGAGGUUAGGGAACUAUAGGGGAAUCACCAAGCACUUUGAGAAGAAGCAGAACCCAGAAUGGAAUGAAGUAUUUGCCUUCUCUAGAGAUAGGAUGCAAGCAUCACUUCUUGAAGUUGUGGUUAAGGAUAAAGAUCUGGUGAAGGAUGAUUUUGUUGGAAUUGUUCGCUUUGAUUUGAAUGAUGUUCCAACACGGGUUCCUCCAGAUAGUCCUUUAGCCCCUGAGUGGUACAGGCUUGAGGACAAGAAGGGUGAUAAGACAAAGGGUGAACUAAUGCUAGCCGUGUGGAUUGGCACCCAAGCUGAUGAGGCUUUUUCUGAUGCAUGGCACUCUGAUGCAGCAGCAAGCGCUGAUGCCUCUGCUGUAAGCGCUCACUUACGAUCAAAGGUCUACCAUGCACCCAGGCUUUGGUAUGUGCGAGUAAACAUCAUAGAGGCUCAGGAUAUUGUCGUAUCUGACAAGACUCGCUUCCCGGAUGUGUAUGUCAAGGCACAGAUAGGAAACCAAUUCUUGAAGACAAAGACUGUUCAGGCACGGACAAUGAGCCCAAUUUGGAAUGAAGAUCUUCUGUUUGUGGCUGCUGAGCCCUUUGAGGAACACCUUAUACUUUCCGUGGAAGAUCGUGUGGGGCCAAAUAAAGAUGAGGUGAUUGGCCGCGUUGCCAUACCGGUGGGGUCUAUAGAGCGGCGCGCUGAUGAUAAAAUUGUAAAUAGUCGCUGGUUUAACCUGGAGAAGCCAGUUGCAGUUGAUGUCGAUCAGUUGAAGAAAGAUAAGUUUUCAAGCCGACUCCAUCUCCGCAUCUGCUUGGAUGGAGGGUAUCAUGUGCUUGAUGAGUCCACACACUAUAGCAGUGAUCUCAGGCCCACUGCCAAGCAGCUGUGGAAGCCAUCCAUUGGGCUGCUUGAGCUAGGCAUCCUGAACGCAGAGGGGCUUCAUCCUAUGAAGACGCGUGAUAGUAAGGGUACAUCUGAUACCUAUUGUGUUGCCAAGUAUGGACAGAAAUGGGUACGAACUCGAACCAUAAUCAACAGCUUGAGUCCUAGAUACAAUGAACAGUAUACAUGGGAGGUCUAUGAUCCAGCAACAGUCCUUACUGUUGGUGUAUUUGAUAAUUGCCAGCUUGGUGAGAAGGGACCUAAUGGUAACAAGGAUCUGAAGAUUGGAAAGGUGAGGAUUCGUCUCUCCACUCUUGAAACGGGACGUGUGUACACUCACUCGUACCCACUUCUGGUUCUACAUCCUUCUGGUGUGAAGAAGAUGGGGGAGCUGCAUCUCGCAAUUCGGUUCUCAUCUGCUUCCUUAGUUAACAUGAUGUAUAUAUACUCACGCCCACUUCUACCAAAGAUGCAUUAUGUUCGCCCAUUAACUGUCAUGCAAUUGGACAUUCUUCGACACCAGGCUGUGAACAUUGUGGCAGCACGGCUUAGCCGGAUGGAGCCUCCUCUCAGGAAGGAGGUUGUGGAGUACAUGUCAGAUGUCGAUUCUCACUUGUGGAGCAUGAGGCGGAGCAAGGCAAACUUCUUCCGCCUCAUGUCUGUCUUCUCAGGCUUGUUUGCAGUGGGCAAGUGGUUCGGUGAUGUGUGCGCUUGGAAGAACCCCAUCACAACUGCCCUGGUGCAUGUCUUGUUCAUAAUGCUCGUCUGCUUUCCCGAACUCAUCCUGCCUACUGUGUUUUUGUACAUGUUUUUGAUAGGGGUGUGGAACUAUCGGUAUCGCCCACGAUACCCGCCUCAUAUGAACACAAAGAUCUCUCAUGCAGAGGCUGUGCAUCCGGACGAGCUUGAUGAGGAGUUUGAUACAUUCCCUACCAGCCGGAGCGCGGAGAUUGUGCGGAUGAGGUAUGAUAGGUUAAGGAGUGUUGCAGGAAGAAUCCAGACUGUGGUGGGCGAUGUAGCCACUCAAGGGGAGCGAGUACAAGCUCUUUUAAGCUGGAGGGAUCCGAGAGCCACGGCAAUCUUCGUGUUGUUCUGUCUGGUGGCUGCACUCAUGCUGUAUGUGACACCAUUCCAGUUUAUUGCAGUUCUAGCGGGCUUCUAUGCAAUGAGGCAUCCAAGGUUCCGGCACCGAAUGCCUUCUGUUCCCAUCAAUUUUUUCCGUCGUCUGCCAGCAAGAACAGACAGUAUGCUGUAAAUAUCGAUCUAAUGGUUUCUGGGGGAGUUGUUUCACCUGUCUUGAUAUAUCCAGUUAUCUAUGUUUGGUCUCUGUUGUGUGGUGGUUAGGAUUGUUGUAGUCGUUGAAGACUAAGAACAACAUCUAGAAAGUUACUUAUUAUAGAACAAUGGCUUGGACAAUGGCUUGUACCUCUCUUUCUUGUAUCUGCAACCUUGUUCAUAAUUAAAUCAAGAUUUCAUUUCCA